AUGGCUCCCGAGAUACCUGGAUAUUUCUAUGAUUCUGGCAAGCGCCGUUAUUUCAAGGUCGAAAAUAGCAAGACGGCCCCUGCCACGGCGGCGUGGUCAGCCGACAAUGUCAAGAAACGCAGGCUCGAGGACGAGGAGGCUGCGGCAGCGAUACAGCGCAUGACCCUACAAAAGCAUCGCAUCAGACGCUCGAAAGUCCUGAGCGAACCACUUAUGGGUGGUUUCUUUGAUCGAGAGCGCAAUCAAGCAGGAAGCGACAACGUCCCCGCAGCCAGCUUUGCCAAGGGUAUGCUUGAAAAGGGCCAGCUCCCCCUCGCAGAUGCGCGGUGGCGGUCGAGCUCCAAUCUCAAGCAUAUGUACAUCGGGGCCAUGGAUCACAAGACAAUCCUUUGCACCGCUCAUGCCACGCUUGACGAACUUACACUGCUGUCAAGCUAUCUGCCACGAGAUAGGAAUGGCCGGGUUCACCGCCGACUUCUAGCUGAGUAUGCCACGCCAGGAAACAGAAUGGGCCCCUAUCGUGAAAUAGACAUACCCCAGAUCUCAGACAUCAAAUAUGUUGAGCACAGCCAUUAUAUGUUGAUCACCUCCCGGAGGCCUGGCCGAAAUAUCUCAUUGUGGGGAUUCCGGCCGAGGGUAUCGGAACCGGACGACCGACAACCGCAUUGGAUUCUAGGGUCGAGCGACGUCGCGUACACACACUGGUCGACACGUGGGGACGGCGACCAUAAGGAUUACCAAGCCAACUGCGUGGUCCCAGCUCCGAUGAGCUCGGGCAUGAUAUGCGCCUUGGGCACAAGCAGAGGACUCGUGCAGAUGAAUGAUGCUGGCGAUUUGAAAUGGAUGACCACGGGGACGCCGGGACCAUCUUUCAGGGACAUCUUUGCCCUCGACUUCCAGCGCGGGCAUCGCGACGUCCUGCUAUUCGGCGGACGUCCCGGUCGAUUGUUCACGGGCGAUACCCGAGUGCAUUGCGAGAAAUGGAACUCCAUCAAGCUGCCCGGCCCAAUUACCCAUAUCCGAGCCUUGAACGAGCAUCAGGCGCUGGUCAGUGGGGUGAACCACCAACUCUCGACAUACGACCUGCGAUUCGCCAGGAAGAGGAGGGAUGCACCCAACGCCUCAGCCCCUAUCCAGGUAUUUCCGCAGUACCGCAACAGCGCACACAUCGACAUCGGGCUGGAUUACGACAAGAGCACGGGAGUCGUAGCCACCGCACACGACGACGGAAAGGUUGCACUGUACUCUGUCCGCAGUGGCAAGCGGCUUCGAUGCACCGACGUCGACAACAUCCGCUCGAACCGCGGACCAAUCCAGAGCAUCCAGUUCCAGACAUUCCCGGGAGACCAUCUGCCGACCUUGUUCGUGGGUGUACACAGUAAUAUCAAUGCUUACUCGUUUGGGGUCGAGAACCUGGAGGACGAGGCUUAA